UAAUACAGAGAAAAUGUCAACAGUUACUAUAAAAUACUUGAAGUGGAAUCUGCGAGAACUUACUAGUCAACAAUCGUGAGUUUUUUUUGGGGGGGUAGGGGGAAGAUGUCGAUACCGAGAAUUUUGCCUUGUCAGCAAACACUUUGAAAUUGACUGCAAUUUGUGGGGCUAUAAAUAAAAGUUCAGGAAGUGAAGGAAAACUUGAAAUAAAUUUGUCCUCCAGAACGUCAAAGUGAGAAUAUUAUUUAGUCGUGAAGAUGAAGGAUAUGUUCGUGAGAAAAAAUGAUCAAAUGACGUCGUGUUGUGAUCUAUCGACUGUUUGACCUGUUGUUUGUUUAUAAACCGCCUUUUCUAACCCGAAACUUAGAUUCACAAACGUGAUGUAUUAUGAAUAAUUGUAAUUACGGAUACAACUGUUGCUUUAGCGACUACUUAAAAGUGUUGGAAGUCGCAAAUACAACCUAGUAUAGCUAGGCUACCACGCUGGCAUAAAGUCAGAUUGGUCUAGAGACGUCGUCAAAAAAAACAGCCAUAGACAGGAUUCUGGGACUCCACAGCAGAAAGACCUCAUGUCUGAAAGCCUCGGUGGUCCAGUCGACCUGGAUUGACCGAGUCUGACAGUGGUCAGGUCUGGGUCACACCGGGUCACACUCAAGACCCUGAAAGAACCCGUUCACGACGCCAAACCAGCGGAGCUUCAGAGGGAAGUGACUUCACUGCUAGAGUUUCGAGACAAUGUAUUACAUGCACUGCCUCAUCUCCAUGCACGAGCAUACCACUCCCUCACAUCCACCCAUGACCCUCCUUCUGCUGCUCAGGUCUCGCAGCCAUCCCCCAUCACAAGGGGGGAGACGUCCCCCAGCAAGUCGGGUCACGUCUCCCACCACAUGACCUCUGCUGAAAGUGGGAGGCAGCAGCAGCGUCCCAUAGCCUCUUCCACUGGGGUGACGGCUGCAACUAACAGUGGGAACAGCAGCAGCAGCAGUAGCACGGGUGGAAAGUCUCUGAGCGAGACCCACAGUUCGGCAGUGGCAGACUCAGGCUUCAGCACAGAUAAGGCUGGUGGAAGCAUGGGCAAAAGCUCUUCAUCAUCAGCUGGAGAUCACUUAUCUGGGGCAGAAGAACACAGGUGGACAUCUGUAGAGCCAGAGUUGCCUCUUGGCUCGGCUGAAGACGAGUUAUGGCAGCUUUUGGAUGUUAUUCAAAGGAAAGGAACGAGACUGAGAAAUGAGUUGGAACGUGCAGAACGCGCUGAAAGAGACAGAGUUUCUCAGCCACCCCCUAAUGCUAGCUCAGUUUCUGACCCACUCACUUCACCACGACCACAUUCAACAUAUCAAGAUUUUUGGCCGCAUUCUCUUCCGGGCCCUGUCGGAAGUUAUCCUUCCCGAGGUGACGUCUUGCCUCCGCCACCACCGCCACCACCACCUGUUGGAAUGGGAAUGGAGGCUGAGGCCUGGGCAGCAGUUGACAGGUUACGACAGGAUCGUCAGUAUUUAGUAGGUAGAGUUAACUGGGCUGAAGCAGAAGCUGCUGCCUCACACCAACGCCUUCUUGAUUUGCACGGGCAACUUUUAGCCCUAGCAGGUGAUAAACGUCGUCUUGAAGAACAAGUCAGAGCUCUUAGGUUAGACCCUAGACUUGAUCCUAGAAUAGAUGCAAGGACAGAUUUAAGGGUAGACACAAGAAACGAUCUUAACCUACAGUUUGUGAAAACAAAUGGGGUUCGCCGUGAUGGUCCAGCAUCCACUGGUGGAAUUGUUCAUUCUGUGAUGGGUGGUGUUAACACUGUACAUAUUGUCAGUGAUAAUACUACUGCCAACACCAACACCAGUUCAACAAAGUCUCGUAGAGUGCCUCCUGCUGUAACUGUUAGUGUUGCUAGUGGUGAUGGUGAUGAAUCGCAAAGUGCUGGAGGAUUAGGCAGAGGCCGUGUAUUUCGUAGUGCCUCUAGUGUACGGAUUAACAACGAGAGGGACGUCAUUUUACCUAGGGUCCUCAAGGUUCCAAUUCGUGAUCGAACUCAAAGGCAUUAUAAACAAGAGAGUGAUGGCAAAGAUGCAAGUGCAGCAAGUACCUCCAAAGAAGCUAGGAAAGAUGUAGAUAGUUUAAAUAAAGAAGGUACCAUUAACAAAGAUUUAAAUUUUGCUGCUGCUAAUGAUUCAAAGGGAAGUGACAGGGUUGUGAUUGAAAGGGAGCGUAGGGCAGGGAAAGCUGAUGGAGGACUUAGUAUGCCUGUGAGCCUAUUGAAAGGAACACGGAUUAAAGUUCAGCCAAAUAAACAGAGAAUUUCAGCCAUCUUAAGGGAGAAGGAUGUGCUAGAACUGCAACGACAGCUUCUUACAACUGUGAUGGAAACGGAGGUGUUAAAAAAGCAGAUUGAAACUGCAGGAGAAGAAUGGAUUAGCAAAACAGCUGAAUGGGAAGCUGAACACAGAUUUUCUCACGCAACUAUUACAGCUCUUCGUCAGGAGAACCUCGCCCUCAAAACUCGUCUUGAAGAGCGUAAUAAAGUUGACCAUAAAGAUGCAAGUGUCAGUGCGCAGCCUGUUUGCAUUAAUGCUGCAACAAUGACUGAUGGAGAUGAUGUGGACUCAACAGAAGCAGCCUCACAUACAGUUCACCCUGGACCAAAUAUAAAAUAUGAUGUUGUAGUUCAUGAAGAACAACCUCGUCAGCAAGAACCAAACAAUAGCACGACUGCUAAUUCAGGCGUUCCUGAAGCCGCAGGACGAAAGGCACCCCCAGUCGUGGAAAAACCCCCUCGACGUUGUCGAGACAACCGUCCUUCUAGUUCUGCUGGAGUGUGGAAUGCUGGGGAUAAAGUGAGCAGGAGGGAGUCUUCAGGGUCGGAAGUUUCCGGCGGAAAAGAUUCAAUAGGACGAGGGGCUACAUUACGGCACAGAUCAAAUCUAGUGCAGACUGGCCGUUCCACUCCUACAGUCACACCGCGUUCUUCCCCAUCAUCAAGUAUUAAUAAUAGACCUGGAACUACUAGGCCUUCCACCCUUGAAGGUAGCCGAACAUCUGUAGGACGCAGCAGCAGCAGCGCAGCCAAUAGUAGAGUGGUACUGGGACGGCGAGACUCUUUAAAGGCAAAUCAAGGAAAUGCUAAUGGAAAUGGCAAGACGAACGGGAAUCCAGGUGGCCAGCAUAAGGAUUCCUCGAUAUUCUACAGUGACCAAAGCAUUAUCAACAAGUCAAGCUCAGUAGUUGCUGGUGAUAAGUCAAGUCAUGUGUUGAAUUCUCCUAAAUCCAGCUUUGACACAACUGGGUCUCCUCUUGUACUCUCGGACCUAAGGAGCCCAUCGCCCUCCCCUAAUCCUGUAAUGCCUUCACAGCAGCAGCUAUUCAUCAAGAUGGAAGAACAAAAGAAUAAAAUUGCCAAAAGGGACAUUUCAAAAGGUUUUCAUAAAAGGCUAAGCGCUAGUGACAUUUACAAUUGUGAGCUGUCAGACAUAAGCCAGGAUAGGAAUGAUUACAAAACCAAUAAGAAAUUUUCACCCGAAUUAAAAAAAGAUGUUAAUUACAAUGAGAGAAUGGGGUCCCUCUCGUCUGAGCUCCGAUUAUCUAAUCUCAAGUGUGCUACAGAGUCAUCUAUUUCGUCAUCACUGACAUCCACAGGAAGCUACUUUGACAGUAUUAACACUGAUAAUAAUGUUGAUGACGAGAGAUUAAUGCAUGUUGAAGUAGCCUUCGAGUGGAAUCCUGUACCUAUGGAAGAAAUACGUUACCUUCCCCCUGCUGCUCACAUGUGGAAUCUAGAUCAUACACUUACCCCAGACAAGCGCCUUCCACCUGGAAGCCCAUUGUGCAAUGGUUCAGCUUGUUGGAUUCCAGCUGCAAAGCAACCUGCUAUUUUUGGCCAUCAGCCCAUGUUCAGUACUGAAAAGUGUAAUAUUAAUUCUUCAGGAAUUAAUAAUUUGCAGAAUAAAAAAUUUGUGUAUCCAGUAGAUUCUCUUGAAGGUGAUCACAACCAACACCAUUUUGAAGCUAUGGGGAAGAUGCGAAAUAAAUUAAGGAGUGUAAACGGUGCUGUAAGAGUGAAAAACGUGGAUCGUCCAUCUGUUUUGUCAUUAGUUCAAGGAGGAAGUGCUGAAGCAAAUAAGAGCCUUUCAAAUAGCAAAGAUUCCUUGUACAGCAUUAGGAGUCAGAGUAGCAGUCCAAAAACCUCGUCCAUAGAUCAGAUGUGUAGUAACAUAUAUGGAGCCACAUGAUUGAGAGGUUAGACAGGUUGGAGUCUGGGCAGUGCAAAACCCACGUUUCCAUUACAGAUACAGAUUUAGACUCCCAUAUUCACCACAUCUUGGCUCGCAUUGCUGAAAAUACUCAGUGAUGAUUAUUGUAAUUUAUUUUUUUUGUAUGUGUAGAGCUUCCUCUUAAUUUGAUAUGCAACAUGGAAUGGGUUGUGUGACAAUUUAAUCUUUUUUUAUUCUGCCGAAGUCUUAGCCUUUUAUGAAUGGAAUAUUUUUUUUGGUGUGGGUAUAUUUUAUGGCUGUGCCAUUUUGUUGUCCAUAAUUGAUGAAUAUUAAACUUAUGCUAUUGUGUAGUGUCACAGUGGGCAUUUAAGAUUUAUUUUAUAUCUUUGCAAUGGAAGUAUAUAGGAGUGGGCAUUUCCCCUAUUAAUUAUUUCUUUGCCCAGUUACUUGUAUUACAAUGUGAUAUUUUCAUUCCAUGCCUCAUAACUGAGUCAUAAGCAGAUCUUCACUCGUUGGCACUUGACGUUUUAGUCGGGUUCCUGAGCUCACAGCUAUGCCAAAGUGCUUUGACAAUUUAAGCAUUGUUCAUGAGAUGUGUUAAUACAUCUGGGUGCAGACAAUUCUUUGUACUUAGAAAGAUGAAAGUUUUCUGUAAAGUGUUGUCAGAGAAUGUUUUGUGCAGCCCAGGAUGUUGAAAAUGAAUAACAUAUGCUACUGAAAUUAAUGAAACAUCAUUACUGAGUGCCUACACAUAGGGUUGGUAUUUAAGUACUUCGUAUUAUAACAGUGUAAUUGAUUUCUCCCCAUUGUUUGUGAUCAUUUGACAGGUUUUAAUUUUUAGUCAAUAUUAUCCAGGAAAGCAGAUGUAGUCAGUUUGAGUUUCUGCAUAUUUGUAAAGCACUCCUCGCUUUUAAAUUUGUAAUCCACAAGAUUAUAUUUUUUUUUUCUUUGUGACUCCAAGAAUUAGAUCCUGAAUGGCCUUUAUUACAGUUCUGUAUUCCUUACUGAAAGUUCAGUCAGUUUUUUUUUCUUGGGCAUCACUAUCAUUUCUCAAUGCCAAUGUUUUGUAGGUCAAAGAGCCAAAGAAUAUCAUAUAAAACUCAUUAGUCGUAUAUGUCAAUUGUGUAUAUAUGAGUAUAUACAAUGAAAUUAUAUCGAUACACUUUAGUCGAAGAAGCUUUAUAUAUGGUGUGAGUAGAAAUCUACUGAGGACCCCACAUGAUGACAGCCAGUCUGACGUAUUUUUUGAAGCUUCAGGUUUUUAAUGACACCAUAGUUAAGAUAAAUUUUAAUUGUGUUAGGCUCUUUGGUUUUUAGAAUGUUUAAGCUUUCAGCUUUCUUUUCAUUUUCCUUUUUUGUGCCUUUAAAUAUAUAUGAAAAUCCUCUUUAUAGAUGGCUGUCAAGUGUGAUAAUGGGAUAGGGUUCAAUUGAAUACUUGUUUUCCAUCUGUGUAAAUAUAUUAUGUAUUCCCUUGGUGAGCCAAUAAAAUUGUUAUGUAAAUAUUCCUGUUAUUUCAAAACUACAGUAUCCAAUAAACUUUCAUUUAUAA